UGCUGCAGUUCCGGGUCAGGUUGGCGCUGACGUCUCGGUGCUGGAGAGAAGUCUGGCGGUGAUUAUCCUGCAACCAUGAAGAUAAAGGAGACCAAAUCAAGGCCAAAGCCGCCGAGCCGUGGUGUGUUUCAGACGAAGGGCAUCAAAGUGGUGGGGAAGUGGAAGCAGGUGAAGAUCGACCCAAAUCUGUUUGCGGAUGGACAGAUGGAUGACUUGGUGUGCUUUGAGGAACUGACAGAUUACCGUUUAGUCUCCCCUGCCAAAAACCCCUCUGGUUUCUUCUCAAACGAGGAGCCCAAGAAGAGAAAGGCCCAGGCUGUUUCGGAAGAGGAGGAGGAGGAGGAUGAAGAAGAAGAGUCUAGCUCCCCGAAAAAGAAGACCAAGCUGAAGAAACGGAAAGAUGUGUUAGUGGCUGCCAGAGGAAGUACUGCCCAGGAUGAAGUCAAAGAUUCUGAGCCAGAGACUGUUUGUUUGGAUCAAAAGGUAGGGGAAGCAGCCUCGGGAAGCCUGGCACAGGCUGUUCCAAAAAAGAAGAAAAACAAAGGGAAAAAGAAAUUAGAUCUUUCCCAGAGCACCGCCUCUAAAGUGCCCAAGAAAGCAAAGACGUGGAUGUCUGAAGCGCACGACCAGAAGGCAGACGUGUCCGCCUGGAGGGACCUGUUUGUGCCCAAGGCCGUUCUCCGAGCACUCAGCUUUCUAGGCUUCUCUGCACCCACCCCGAUCCAGGCUCUGACCUUGGCCCCUGCCAUCCGGGACAAGCUGGACAUCCUUGGAGCUGCUGAGACAGGAAGCGGGAAAACUCUUGCGUUUGCCAUCCCGAUGAUUCAUGCAGUGCUGCAGUGGCAUAAGAUGAAGGCUCCACCUAUCCCGCAUAGCACUGGGAUACCACGGAGGGAGAGCAGGGUAGGAGCCGCUGCUGAUCUGGGGUCACCUCGCACGGAUGGGACUGAGUCUGGAGUGUUGCUUGAUGAGACCAGAACUGAGAAUGAAGCGCAGCCCAGUGAGGCUGGGGCGAAGGCCGAACCCGAAACUAGUGCCUCUACGUCAGCCCGGGCACUGCUCUCCCGUGAUGAUGAUGAUGAUGCUGGUGAAGGACCUUCUUCCUUGGUUGAGGACAAGCUUUUCCCCAAGCAAAAUGAGGAUGGAGGAGAAAAGCUUGAUGAAGAGCAGCCUGGGAAGUUAAGACAGGAGCUGUGUAACCAUGUUGCUGUCUAUAACUUACACCCACGGCGCCCCCUGCUGGGACUCGUCCUGACGCCCACUCGAGAGCUGGCCAUCCAGGUCAGACAACACAUUGAUGCUGUGGCCAGGUUUACAGGGAUUAAGACAGCAAUUUUAGUUGGUGGAAUGUCCACACAAAAGCAGCAGAGGAUGCUGAAUCGCCAUCCAGAGAUUGUGAUCGCCACCCCUGGUCGACUCUGGGAGUUAGUUAAAGAAAAACAUCCUCAUUUAAGCAACCUUCGGCAGCUCAGGUGCCUUGUGAUAGAUGAGGCUGAUCGAAUGGUUGAGAAAGGCCAUUUUGCUGAGCUCUCCCAGCUUCUAGAGAUGUUAAAUGACUCCCAGUACAACCCCAAUCGACAAACUCUUGUUUUUUCUGCCACACUGACCCUGGUACACCAAGCUCCUGCUCGAAUCCUUCAUAAGAAGCAUGUGAAGAAAAUAGAUAAAACUGCCAAACUUGACCUUCUCAUGCAGAAGAUUGGCAUGCGGGGCAAGCCAAAAGUUAUUGACCUCACGAGGAACGAGGGUACAGUGGAGACCCUGACAGAGACCAAGAUCCACUGUGAGACAGAUGAGAAAGACUUGUAUCUCUACUAUUUCCUCAUGCAGUACCCAGGCCGCAGCCUGGUGUUUGCCAACAGCAUCUCCUGCAUCAAACGCCUCUCUGGGCUCCUCAAGGUCCUGGACAUCAUGCCGCUGACUCUGCAUGCCUGCAUGCACCAGAAACAGAGGCUCAGAAACCUGGAGCAGUUUGCCCGUCUGGAAGACUGUGUUCUCUUGGCAACAGAUGUGGCAGCUCGGGGUCUGGAUAUUCCUAAAGUUCAACAUGUCAUCCAUUACCAGGUGCCCCGCACCUCAGAGAUUUAUAUCCACCGGAGUGGUCGGACUGCCCGUGCUACCAGUGAAGGCCUCAGCUUGAUGCUGAUUGGGCCCGAGGAUGUGAUGAACUUCAAGAAGAUUUACAAAACUCUGAAGAAAGAUGAGGACAUCCCACUGUUCCCAGUGCAGUCAAAGUACAUGGAUGUGGUCAAGGAGCGGAUCCGUCUAGCCCGGCAGAUUGAAAAGGCUGAGUACCGGAACUUCCAGGCUUGUCUGCACAACUCCUGGAUUGAGGAGGCGGCGGCAGCCCUCGAGAUUGAGCUGGAAGAAGACAUGUACAAAGGAGGAAAAGCCGACCAGCAGGAAGAGCGUCGGCGACAGAAGCAGAUGAAGAUCCUGAAGCAGGAGCUACGCCAUCUGCUCUCCCAGCCACUCUUCCAGGAGAACCUGAAGACCAGGUACCCCACACAGUCUGGCAGGCCGCCUCAGCUUGUGGUGGCCCCCAGGAAUGGCGAGUCUGCGCUGAGCUGCCUCUCCAGACAGAAGAGGAGGAGGAGGAAGCCAAAAGAGCAUCGGGCACCGCCACAGCCAAGUUCGAGCACAAGCUAACUGCCCCCAGAGUGGUGACCGCUUAGUGGUACCUCUCCUCUAGCUGUCUGUGAAAGCCUUCCUAGCCUGCGCUUCACUCCGCCAUCCACCCGGGAAAAUGUCUCACUCUUCCAUCUUUUAGCCAAAAAGAUCUCGUGCACACGUGUGUUGUGGAGUAAGUGUAGUAGCCAGCAGCUGUGUCUCUGCAUCCAGUUUAUGCAGGCUUUUCUUGUGUACACCUUGGUUUCCCAAUUAAAAAAAAAAACAAGUGGGAGCAGAGAAUUGCCCUGAGGGUACUGCAGUGUUUUAUCAUUAACUCUGAGAUUCCCUUGGGCCAGCCCAGCACUGUCCCUUCAUAGGGGAAAUGGUGUCACUGUAUCACACACUGCCAGGUCUUCAGCCUAUGUCCCUGUCCUUUUCCAUAGUAGUUUAAUACCAGCUCCUUUUCUGUGCCUACUCUCUGCUGUCUUAUCUAAGCCACCCUGGAAGGUGGACAGGGAAGAGCUUGCUGUCCCUUGGACCGCCCUCAGCUCAUAAGGGUAUCAGUCACUAAUCUGUAGGGUCAAGAGAGACCACGGGAUCUGGCCCAAGCUCCUGGUCACGAUUCCAUGGAUUGUCUUUGUCUUAGACUUUUUGUAAAACAGAUGACUCAGCCUGAAUUGUCAUGUGUCAUUCCUGGUGUAUGAUGUGUUCUUUAUGAGGAACUCAGUGCUCUGGGCUGCUUGCCUCACAGUGCUGGCCAUAGUUGAGCUGGCAUCAUGGCCUAGUGUAAACACACUGUGGAACAGUGACGCCUGCUGCCCAGCCCCUGGUCAGUCUGGCUGCACAGCCUGGACUUUGAGACAGAUGUUCACAGGCAUGGUUCAGAUGUUUGGCUUGAGGAGUCUGGAUUUUAGUACACAGGCAUGCCUAAAUAUCCUAAUAUGUAAGAAACACAGUCUCCUUUAUCUCGUAGCAAGGUUGAGAGGUAGCCAUGGGGACUCCCUUUUAGCCUUGAGCCUAAACUCAGAUUUUGAUGUCACUGUUGACUGAUUGCCUGGCAUUAAGAUACCUUUUAACCCCUGAACUAAUAGAGAGAGAUUGAGCCCAGGGCCUCAUGUGCUAUGCAAGUACUGGGUUAUCUGAACCAUAUAUAUGUACGAUGUGAUGGAGGAUGGGGGCUGCUCACCCAUGGAGAUAAUUGGUUCUGGGGAUCUUGCUCAGGUUGUUAGGCUUGGAUGGUGAGUGCUUGUAUCCAUUGAGCCUUCUGCUGACUACUUCUUAGUUUGGAUUGUCUCAUUGUCUAGGCAAGCCAUGAACUGGGAACCCGCUUGCCCCAGCAUCUUCACAAGCAAGGAUUAUAGGACUGUACUAGUCAUAGCUAUUAGAUACUUAUUGAUUUAAAUUCUCAUUUGGUAGUCUGAGAUCAUGGUAUAUCUUAAUACCUUUUUUUUCUGUAGUUGAGAAAGUGAACCUUUAGUGGUUAAGAUUUAGCCAUCCACCCAGCAACCAGAUGAGAUGUUGGUAACCUGGGGCAUCUUCUGUCUGAGUGAGUUUUACUGUUCUGAUGUUAGAGACACAGCAACACCUCCAGGUAGGUGCCCUUCCCGUAACCCUACUGUCUACUGACCUGUCUGGGGGGACAAAGCAAACAUCAAGAGAUGGCCUAGGAGCCUUCACUUUCCAAAUGAUGCUGUGAGAUGUCUGUGGUGUUGAUAAGCAGGCUCAGGCCCCACCCGCACA